AUUUACCUGAAUCCGUCCCUGUUGAUGCAUUCUCUUUCUCUCUCGGUUGGUUUUCUCUCUGUGUUUAUUUACAUUUUUUCGAUCAGCUGUCUGUGCAAAAAUUUUUGUUUAUAUCUGCGGAACAUUUUAAAAUAAAAAUAAAAUAGUAAUAGCUUUUAAAACUUGCCGAUUUGUCUUUCAAAAAGUUUCUUAAGCAGUUUUUGACUGAUUUUUCAUCAAAAUGUCCCUCAAAAAUGUGUUAAUAGGAGGCGGCAGUGGCUUUCUCGGUACACGUUUAACGAAUCUCCUCAAGACAGUUGGUUAUGAUGUCUCGAUUAUCUCACGGAUGCCUGGAGCAAAUCGCAUCACGUGGAUAGACAUCGAGAAAAAUGGCUUGCCAAAAGAUACGAGCGCUGUGGUGAAUCUCGCCGGUCAAAAUGUCCUCGAUCCGACAAAACGUUGGAGUCCCGGAUUCAAACAAAACGUUUGGAGUUCCCGCAUCAAUACGACGACGAUGUUGGCAAAAGCCGUCGCUGAAGCGGAACAAAAACCCGAAGUUUUCGUGAAUAUCGUUGGAGUGAGUCACUACAAACCCCGUGCAGACCCAAAGCCAUACGAUGAAAGUCAUCCAGGGGAAAAUUAUGAUUUCAUGUCGAAACUUUGUGUUGAAUGGGAAAAAGCGGCUCAGUUACCUGAAGGAAGCAAGACACGAUUGGUUCAAGUUCGUACAGGAGCAGUUGUUGGACGUGAAGGCGGUAUGAUUAAAUCGAUGUUUGUUCCUUUCUUCUUGGGCGUUGGAGGACCUCUUGCCUCGGGGAAACAAUUUUUGCCGUGGAUUCACGUAGAAGAUCAUGCAAGUUUAGUCAGAUUUGCCAUCGAGAAUCAAGCUGUUAGUGGAAUUUUGAAUGGAGUUGCUCCUGAAAUUGUUACAAAUGCUGAAUUUUCAAAGACUUUGGCAUCCUCUUUCACGCCACCCAGACCUGCAAUUUUCCCGAUGCCUGAAUUCGUCGUCAACCUAAUUUUCAACGAGGAACGUGCCGUAAUCGUAACCAAUGGUGCUAAAAUCGAACCCAAACGCACUCAAGAGCUCGGUUUCACUUACAAAUAUCCCGACAUCAAAUCUGCUUGCAAGGAAGUCGCUAAAUUGUUCUAAAUGAACCACCGCUUAACAAAAAAUUGUGAUUUAACAAAAAAAAAUAAUUUUUAGAAUAGUUGGUAAUGCAAAAAUUUUACUCUUCAAUUUUCAAUUGAAUGCACAAA